UUAAAGCAACGUCUCACCACCACAUCUGUCCUCCAAACUCUACAAAGUUGGAUCAUUUUGAUUUCAAAUGUUUGAGCAACGGCGUAUCAAAAUACAAAAUCCAUCAUGGAGUCAGCCACACAUGCAAAGGACCGCGACGCCGAGGCCAAAGUGACCGGCGAGCCGCGCAGCACCAAGAGCACGAUCCUUGAGACCGGGGCCUCCGUGGCACAGGACUUCUCCCCGCUACAAAACGUCUGCGCCCACCUCAACGCCUUCCACGUGUACGCAUCCGACCCGACGCGCGUGGUCGAGGCGAACCACUACUGCGGCCACCUGACCGAGGACGUGCGGCAGUGCCUGCUCUACGACAGCCCCGGGCCCGGCGCGCGGCUGAUCGGCGUCGAGUACAUGAUCAAGCCGCACCUGUACGAGCAGCUGCCGGCCGAAGAGCGGCGGCUCUGGCACAGCCACGUGUUCGAGGUCAAGUCGGGCAUGCUGGUCAUGCCCAAGUCGAGCCCGCUGGUGCCGCAGGCCGCAUGGGAGAAGGCCGAGACGGCCGAGAUGGAGGAGGUCAUUCCGUUGUAUGGCAAGGUGUAUCAUCUGUGGCAGGUCGAUCGUGGCGAUAAGCUGCCGCUGGGCGAGCCGCAGCUCAUGACGAGCAUCACCAAGGCCGAGCAGAUUCCUGGGUUGGAGAGGUUGAUGGAGGAGAGGGAUAAGAAGUUUGCCGGGUGCGAUUGGAGGCGGAAGAAGCAGAUCAGGGAGGGGUUGGCGGAGCCGGAGGUCCAUCCUGAUUCGGACUAUACCUGGAAGAAGAGGGGGAAGUGAUUAUGGAGGCUUUGUGUAUGGAACACUGGCAUGCACGGCUGUGGACGAUGAGUAGGUAAUUUGAUGACCGGACCAUGAUUGUGCAUAGUCAGCGAAUUGCAUUGACUGCUGGAUUUGAUCACAACGUCGGCCGAUCUCUUCAUAUCAGGCUCAAGUACCGCCGUUUCUGAAUAAUCUCAUUAUACCUAGGGAAAGCGGUACGGAAACUGUGGGUUUAAGACCGCUGUCAGCCAAUUC